GUCCAGCAGCAGCACGGGCAUGACGGACGACGAGACGCACCUCGCGCUCCUGACCGUGCUCGGCGCUGGCGCAUGCGCCGUGGCAUACUUGCACACGAAGGCGCUCUUGUCGGCUGCAGAGGUUCCUCUCGAGGAAGAGGCUCGGCGAACCGAGCGGCUCGUGCGCAUCCGCAACCAAGCGACGACGCUCCAGAACGCGUACGCCGCUGCUGUCGCGCAGCACUCGCGACUAGACAAGCUCAUGAGCGACUACGAAGCUGCAAGGCUGGCAUCCAUGCAAGGGCUGCGACUCGCUGCCAAGCGCGCAAUCGACGAGGUUGCCAUUGCCCUCAAUAGCAGUUGCCACGACUACUUGGACCAGCAGCGUGCUGUGGCGCGACGCCUCCCGCCAUACGAGCCUGCCCCUGAGACACUGGUUUUGCGAGAGCUACCGCGAGCACCCGCACCGCCACCGCAGCGGCCAUGGGAGCACGGAGGCGUCGUCUUGCUCAUCGUAAUGGUGUGCUGUGGCAUCAUGGUGUAUGCUUCCAAGCGGCGCCGGGCAUACGGGGCCACAAUACAGACCACCCCCAUAGCACAUGUGACGCACAGGCAAUCUGUUCGAUUGGUGGCGACGCGGAACGACGACGAUGAAGACGAUGGGCACGCUAGCACUUGGCGAGUACCGUAGGAUAAGGGCACAAUGCGUUGUUUCCGCGCGUCGACGCAUGAAGUAAAUACGAGCAUCGAC